AUGCCUUGGGAAUUGCAGAUAGUAUCAGCUAUAUACGCAGCCCUUCGACUCGCAAUCCUAAUUAUUACCAGCCUCAAUACAUUCGAGCUUCGCACAUUGUCAUUCGCAACUGAUACAAUAUGCCUUAUUGCCGCCAUAGUAAUACCCGCCCUAGGGUUUUUUGGCCAUUCGCGUUCUCCCCGACCCUCCAUCUUGCUCAGCUCAUUCCUUUCCCUAACCACACUGUUAGAUAUUGCACAAGUGAGAACACUAUGGCUGCUGGCUAAGAGCCCAUCCGAAUUGAAUUAUGUCAAGCUUCUGACAGUAGCCGUUGUGUACAAGGCUGUCUUAUUCGUACUCGAAUCCUUGCAGCGCAGAAGCUGGCUCAAAUGGGACUGGAAGAUACACAGUCCUGAGGAAACGACUGGGAUUUAUGGUCUUGGGAGCUACUUCUGGCUCGCUCCUAUUUUUGCGCAGGGUUACAGGAAGAUCCUGGACUUGUCUGAUCUUUACCCCCUUGACCAGAAGGUGGCUGUGGAAACUCUACAGCCUUCCUUUGCCCGUUAUUCUAAAAAUAUGCGCUUCAACGGAGAUAAGAACAGAUUGACCAAGGCGCUCGCUCGUGCUUUACUGGUCCCUUUACUGUUACCAGUGGUCCCUCGCGUUGCUCUACUAGGAUUCACACACUGUCAGCCUUUUCUCAUCGAGAGCAUUUUGAACUGGCUCGAGGAGCCAAAUAAUACGCUCAAAUCCGAUAAAGGCUAUGGUUAG